AUGGCAUCUAUUGAUCAUCAAAAUAGAUCUAUUGUUCAUCGAAGUAGAUCUAUUAACGAUAGUGAAAUUGAAUCGAUUGUUCAUCAAAGAUUUCCUAGUCAUAAUCAGAGUAUUCGUAUUCAUGGUCGAACUCUGCCUAUCAGUAACGAACGUGGAUCUAUUGAUUACCGAACUCCACCAAGUAAUCAUCAAAACCAAACUAUUGAUCAUCGAACUCCACCAAGUAAUCAUCAAAACCAAACUAUUGAUCGUCGAACUCCACCAAGUAAUCAACAAAAUCAAACUAUUGAUCACCGAACUUCACCAAGUAAUCAUCAAAACCAAACUAUUGAUCACCGAACUCCACCAACUAAUCAUCAAAACCAAACUAUUGAUCACCGAACUCUACCAAGUAAUUAUCAAAAUCAAACUAUUGAUCACCGAACUCCACCAACUAAUCAUCAAAACCAAACAAUUGAUCACCGAACUCCACCAAGUAAUCAUCAAAACCAAACUAUUGAUCACCGAACUCCACCAACUAAUCAUCAAAACAAAACUAUUGAUCAUCGAACUCCACCAAAUAAUCAACAAAACCGAACUAUUGACCAUCGAACCUCACCAAAUAAUCAACAAAACCGAACUACUGACCAUCGAACCUCACCAAAUAAUCAACAAAACCAAACUAUCAUCGAACCUCACCAAAUAAUAAACAAAACCAAACUAUUGACCAUCGAACUCCCACCAAAUAAUCAUGAAACCCAAUUAAAUUCCACAGCCAGAAAAAUGUUGAAACGCAAAGAAGAUCAUUUUCAGCAGGCUCAAGAUUCUUACUACGGAAAAGGCUGCAAAACUAGUUUGUACAGAUCAAGAUUGAAAAUAAUUUUCAACGUCUGGAGGGAGAUAGCAAAGCGGAGAAACAUCACGAGAUAUUUUAUCGCUUUUGGAUCGUUUCUCGGUGCUGUUCGGAACGGCGAUGUCAUUCCGUAUGACUCCGAUAUUGACGUGUGCAUAUUCAAAGAUGAAUAUCAUAAACUUUUCCCAGAAGAAUCGAGUCGACCUCUCGACUUAAACGAUGGGACAGUUCACUUGCUUUUACAAAGGCAUUCCCCCCACCCAAAAGACGACACACCUCGAAAAGACUGCAAAGGAAAUGUGGUGAGAAGAGUAACUGAUGACUGCGCGAUCCUCGAUCCACACGGGAGAUUAUUUCAAGGUCCUUUUGUGUACAUGGAUAUCUUCGUCGUUAAGGAUUUCCGCUCGGUCGUGUACGAUGAAUAUAAACGUAAGUAUUUAAAGCGAGACAUCGUAUUACCUUUGCGACCGUGUAGGUUCUUAGGAAUGUCCACGUAUUGUCCCAAUGACACGGCCCGAUAUUUGACGGCGCAUUAUGGUGCCACGUACCUGAAACCACAUCAUAUCUGUCAGGGGAAAAGAUGGAUUAAGAAUUUGCUGUGAUCAUAGACGGAUUUAGAUUGUGGACGGGAACG